AUGGUCAAAACAACACUUCCCACUGCCGCAUCCCUCCUGAUGCUGGCAACGACCGCCUUUGGCGCAUGCGAAAACAUACUCCUUCACAUCCUGCGCCGACAACAUCUCUGCGAUGCGCUCGAUUGCGGCGGCGGCCGCGCUCCCGUCAAGUACGACGUCCCCUGCUGCGCUGCCUACAGAGGCACAGAGCCCUGCGUCUCCACGACCUCCACUCUCUCCUGCUGGUCGCCGUCGACCGUUGCUGCUUCCUCGACAAGUGCGUCCGCUAGAUCUGCUGAAACUACGUCUGCCUCUGUCAUCGCCACAGCUGAUACCAGUGUUCCAUCUUCUACUGGGGCCUCUUCUACUGCGGCUUCUUCUACUGGGGUCGCUGGCGAGAGCUCCUCGCAGAGUUCGGGCACCACUGCCCCUUCGACUACAGAGGCUCCAACUCAGUCGACGAACUCGGAGACUUCUGAAAGUGGGGCGGCUAGCUCGAGUGGCUCUGCUCAGCCAGUCUCGACUAAUAUGGCCGGGAGCUAUACUGGUCCAUUGAUGGCGGUUGCUGGAGCUGCAAUUGGCGCUGUCAUUCUUGUCUAG